AUGUCGACUCGGUCGUCUCGCAAUGCAUUUACGCUGGUAGAACUGUUGGUGGUGAUUGCUAUCAUCGGUAUUCUGAUCGCUCUCCUGCUCCCCGCCGUCCAACAAGCCCGGGAAGCUGCCCGCCGCAUGAGCUGCUCGAAUCAGCUGAAACAAGUUGGCUUGGCGAUGCACAACUUCCACGACACCUUUGGUGAAUUUCCAUUCGCGAUGCGAGACCGUGAAGAGGGAAGUUCGGUGGCGACAUAUGACACCGGUUGGAUCCAAAUCCUUCCUUUCCUUGAACAAGACGCCGUUGCGAGUCGCUGGGAUCCAGAAGAACGGCGAAACAGCACCGUUGAUACCGAUGGUGAUGGCUGGACGAAUGCGUUGCUUCAGCAGGAGAUUAUUCCAAGCUACCUGUGCCCGACGAUGACCAUGCCCACAGGGCCAGUGGGAG